CAUGGGCCUCCCGGUCAACAACGACUCGUCUUCGGUUCAACUGUCUCGCUGCGAGGAUCUGUGGUACGAGGACGGCAGCAUCAUACUCGCCGCAGAAGGAAUGGGGUUCAAGGUCUAUCGGAUGAUCCUGGCCCAGCACUCAUCCGUGUUCGCCGACAUGCUCGCGCUCUCAUCCCCGGAGGCCAAUGUCGAUCCCAUGUACGGUUGCCCGCUCGUGCACCUCUCGGACCCGGCCGAAGACCUUCGUUACUUGCUGCUGACCAUCCACGACGUCAGCUUCGGAGAACGCAUCGACCGGGCGCCGUUCAAGGAGUUCGCCGCUGUUGCGUAUCUGGCGAUCAAGUACGACAUCCCGCGCCUGCGUGACCGCAUCGUUGCCCGCCUCGACCGCUGGUACCCCCAAGUCAUCAUAUCGUGGAAGCAUAUCUUGCGCCCGCCGCUGUCGCCCGCGGAGCACCGCACGGUUAUCGACCUUGCCCGCCAGCUCCAGAAGCCCGUACUCGUGCCGUUCAUGAUGCUCGCGCUCUGCCAGGAGGGCGUCGAACGGAUCCUGCAAGCCGAGCUCGAACCCGACGAUCUGCUCAUUGUGCUGCGUGGCCUGUCGAAGUUGCAGAAUCUGCAGAGGAAGAACACGUACCGGUGGCUCUUUCGCGGCCCGCGCCUCUGUCAGACCAAGGAGCUGUGCGCGUCUGCGAGGGAUAAUUUGGCGGAUGCGAUGGAACGGUCGAUGGACUCGGACUCCAAGCUACGUCUCUUCACGCCCACGCCGGACGAGGACGAGAUGUGGGACGCUGGCCUUUGCGAUGUAUGUACAGAGCACGCAGUCGUGGCUCACGAAACGAGGAGCAAGGCUAUAUGGGAUCGGAUCCCUGCCGUGUUCAGUGACUCAGGGGCGCAGUAGGAUGGGCUACAAACAAAAGAAAUGUGUUUUUCUGCUGUGACAGGUAUCACUUGCUUGUGGCUAUGGACUGCGUGUAGCUGUUAAGGUACUGUUACCCUGAAUUACACGUAAGCUGUCC